GAGCAAACGGAUGAUCGAAACAAAAAUGUCGGAGUUAGCGGAGCUGGAGAGACUACAGACCCAAAUCCUCUAUCGAAUAGCAAAACUCGAGCUCUUAAUCCUUCCUCCAUCCAACAAUUCUCCCAAUAAAGAUCUCCCCACGACCACUGAAGCACGCCUCUCCGCCGUCCUUGUCGACUCCGGCGUCAAAGACUUCUCAUUCAAGCGCGUUCCUUCCGACUACUACGAUUGGUCCUUCGAAGCUCGAAGAGACAUUCUUGGCGCCGCCUCUAUUCAUCAUCUCUGCAAAAGCAUUGUCCUGGUAAAUACUCAAGCUGCAUCCAAUAUUACUGAUUGCAGUGACCGCCAAAAUUCAAAAUACUAUGUUGUUGUUGUUCAGUACACUGCUCGAUUUAUGAGACUUGCUCCUGAAGAGAUAUCACACAAUCUGACUGGUUUUGAACACAAUGGAGUAACAUGUGUUGGCAUGAAAACAGACAUUCCGGUUAUUUUGGAUGAAGCUAUUGUGAAGCUUAAUCCGGACUUUUUUUGGUUGGGUGGGGGAGAGAUUGAUCUAAAACUUGGAAUUAGAACAUCCGAGUUCAUCAACUUUGCAAAACCUUUUAUUGUGAAUUGUAGUGGUUCUUGAACUUUUUGAAGCAAAAGAUGUUUUGUUGGUUUUUAUAUUUUUAUUAUUUUUUAUACCCAUUAGUCAUUUGUAAUCAACUAAUUUGACGAAAUGAUGUAUGAAUUAUGAUUUAAUCUUCAAUGUGAUAUGGUGAAUGACACGAA